AUUACACAUCAUCACUUUAACCUCACUUCCCUCUCUUUCUCUCUCUCUCUCUCUUCCGCUGUCACCUUCAGCGAUGAUGGUGGGCGGUGCGAGGCGCUUCGCUGGAGGGGGUUUAGGGGGCUGUUUGUUUUCCGACCCAGAGAGAGAGAGAGAGAAUUAAGAAGAGGAGAUAGGUAGAGAGUUUAUUGCAAAACCAGUCUGCUGCACCAUCAAAAACCCAACCAGAACUAUGCAAAAUGAUGAAAUAGAGGCACAAAACAGAGCACCAAAUUGAGGCAUUUCCACAAAGUACAGAGGAGGAGAGGGCUGGAAUUAGAGAUGAAGUUGAUGCAAAAAGCCUCUGUAGUGAAUUUGACAAUGUUCAAUUCAGGUUUUUAUUCAUUUCUGCCAAAAAAAAAAAUCAAAUUUUGAUGGUGCUUGAGCAUUGUGAUUACACAAAUUGCAUCUGUGUACAGUGUAAUUCUUGUUUUAUCAUUUGUUCCAGCAUAAUUUAUAUUUAAUAAAUGUGCUAAAUACAUUUCUGUAUCUGUACAUGUAUAAGCUUCCAUUAUUUCACAUUUGGUCUGAUUCUUUUUCACAAAAGAUUUAAGUGCACAGCUGUGAAGUAGUAGUGUGCAUUUGAUGGAAGAGGGCACACCAAUGGGAGGGGGAACACAAAAUGGACCUGAAAUUCAGAUUGUAACUUCACCUCAGCUGAUUGCUCCUUCUUGUGAUCUACUCUCUCGAGAAGCUAGGGAUCAGUAUCUUGCCAUAUGUCUACCCCUCUACCAAGCUGCUUUGAAGGGUGACUGGAAAGCUGCUAAUGGUGUCAUAGAAAUAUUUCCAACUGUGAUACGUUCUAGUAUCACAAAAGGGUGGGAAACUGCACUUCACAUUGCAGCAGCUGCGAAGCGCAUUCACUUUGUGGAGGAGUUGGUGGGACUGAUGAAUCCUGAAGACUUGGAACUUCAAAACAGUAAUGGGAACACUGCCCUAUGUUUUGCGGCUGCUGCUGGAACUGUGAGAAUUGCUGAAGUGAUGAUUAACAAGAAUGAACGCCUGCCAAUGAUCCGUGGUAGUCAGGGAAUGACACCACUGUAUAUGGCUGCUUUGUUAGGACAUAGUGACAUGGUAUGGUAUCUCUACCAAAAGACUAAGAGUGAAGAUUUGUCAGAUGAGGAUCGAAUUGGGAUACUCAAUACCUGUGUUAGUACAGAUUUGUAUGUUCCAGGUAGGAAGGUAGGACAUGACAAAAGUCUGAAGCAAGCCCAAGCAUUUGAACUAGUUAGAUUGUUAUGGAAAAUGGUGAUAAAGCAAGAUGAUUCAGAGAUUUCGGACUUGAUCCGAAGCCCUUCACGACUUCUCUUUGUUGCGGCAGAGCAUGGAAACACCAAGUUCUUGAUUGAGCUUAUUGAAGCUUAUCCUGAUUUGAUAUGGAAAGUAAAUAGCCAGAACCAAAGCAUAUUUCAUGUUGCCGUUUUACAUCGUCAUGCAGGAAUAUUCAAUAUUUUAUAUGAGAUAGGCUCGAUUAAGGAUUUAAUUACUGCAUAUAGAGUUGAAGAUCGUAACAAUAUGUUGCAUUUGGCUGCGAAGCUAGCACCCCCAAAUCAACUUAAUAUUGUGUCAGGGGCAGCUCUUCAAAUGCAAAGAGAGCUACUGUGGUUUAAGGAGGUGGAAAAGAUUAUGCAACCUUCAUAUGUAGAAAAGAAAAACUCAAAAGGCAAAACAGCUUUAGUUACUGAGGAGCACAAAAACUUAGUUGAGAAAGGGGAGGCAUGGAUGAAGAACACCGCCUCCCAGUCUAUAGUUGUUGCAACACUUAUAGCCACCGUAAUGUUUGCUGCAGCUUUUACUGUACCAUGCGGCAAUGAUAACAAUACAGGAAUCCCAAUGUUUCGAAAGGAUAGUUCUCUCAUGGUUUUCGCAAUAUCAGAUGCCAUAGCAUUAGUCACCUCUUCCACUUCAGUACUCAUGUUCUUAUCUAUACUCACCUCACGCUAUGCUGAAAAUGAUUUCUUGGAAUCAUUGCCCAUUAAGCUCAUGAUUGGACUCACGACACUCUUCAUCUCCAUAACUACCAUGAUGGUAGCUUUUGGUGCGACAUUUUUCAUUAUUACAGUGAACAAAAUUUUAAAUAGAAUAAGGCCUCACUGUCUGAUCAUUGAGAUCAAUUAAUCUCAAGUUGAUGCUAAGAGUCAAAAUUUUAAGGCUUUAAAAAUGGAGUACCAAUGAAUAUGAAAGGUCUGUCCAAAAACAAAAAGAAAUAUGCAAGGUUGAAAACGCAGAUGGUUCUAAAAUACAAAAAAAUAAAAUAUAAAAUAAAAUAAAAUAAAAAAUUAGGUGAACAUUGUCUGAAUUACACAAAUUUUUUGCUGCAUCAUAAUUAAGAGUACCACUUGAACUAUUAUAUUAUAUUGGAGAACAUCGAAUAAUUAGCCAGUCUUGGGCUCAAUUAAAAAUAUAUUUUAAACUUAUGUCACGUAAUUUUUCAUCAUUUAAAAGAUAAAGUUAUAUGUAUUAAAUAAUAUAUCAAUUAAUAUAUUACAGAUUAUGUGACAUCAUUUUAGAGGUUUUGUAUCUUUGUAAUUUGUAUAAUGGGAGUGGAAUCGUAGUUUUGAAAUGACAAUCUAAUUAGUACCUUAAGUAGUACAUGUAGCACUACUAUUAUUUAAAUUGCCCCUAUACAACUAUUCAGUUUUUUAAUUUUUAAUUUAUUUUUUUUCCCCUUCCAUCUAUCUACCUUUCAAUUUUUUAUUCUACAAACACGUAUGCGCACCGCUCUGGUGGAUCUAUAAAUAUGUCAAUAGUCUCUCUCCCAAGGCUAAUGAAUUUUUCUAAACCCUAAAACCCAGUGGCCGAAGCGUUGAUCAAGAAUUAGCAGAAAUCGAAGCCAAACACUUUGAAUCUGAGUGAUGUGACAAUUUUUUGGGAGAAAUCUAGGUAGUGUUUGGUAGUAUUUUAAAAUUAUGAUUUGAAAAUAGAGUUAUAUUUUGAGUUUGUGAGUUUUGAAAUUAUGAUUUGUCAAA